CUGCAGGAACCCCCUCGUCCGAUCUGCAGCCAUGGCCACCUCAGCGAGCUCCCACCUGAGCAAAGCCAUCAAGCACAUGUACAUGAAGCUGCCGCAGGGGGAGAAGGUCCAAGCCAUGUACAUCUGGAUCGAUGGGACAGGGGAGCAUCUCCGCUGCAAAACCCGCACGCUGGACCACGAGCCCAAGAGCCUUGAAGAUCUCCCCGAGUGGAAUUUCGACGGCUCCAGCACCUUCCAGGCUGAAGGCUCCAACAGUGACAUGUACCUCCGACCUGCUGCCAUGUUUCGGGACCCUUUUCGCAAGGAUCCCAAUAAACUAGUUCUCUGCGAGGUCUUCAAAUACAACCGCCAGUCUGCAGAGACAAAUCUCCGACACACCUGCAGGCGGAUUAUGGAUAUGGUGUCCAACCAGCACCCCUGGUUUGGGAUGGAGCAAGAAUACACUCUUUUGGGGACAGACGGACAUCCGUUUGGCUGGCCUUCCAAUGGCUUCCCUGGACCGCAAGGUCCGUACUACUGCGGUGUAGGGGCGGACAAAGCUUACGGCAGAGACAUUGUGGAGGCCCACUACCGAGCGUGCCUUUAUGCUGGUGUGAAAAUUGGAGGAACCAACGCAGAAGUGAUGCCAGCCCAGUGGGAGUUCCAGGUGGGACCAUGCGAAGGGAUUGAGAUGGGGGAUCACCUCUGGAUUGCACGCUUCAUCCUCCAUCGGGUGUGCGAAGACUUCGGUGUCAUUGUGUCUUUUGAUCCCAAACCCAUCCCUGGGAACUGGAACGGUGCUGGCUGUCACACCAACUUCAGCACCAAGAACAUGAGGGAAGACGGAGGUCUCAAGCACAUUGAAGAGGCCAUCGAGAAGCUGAGCAAGCGUCACCAGUACCACAUCCGUGCCUAUGACCCCAAAGGGGGGCUGGACAAUGCCAGGCGCCUGACGGGUUUCCACGAGACAUCCAACAUCCACGAGUUCUCCGCUGGCGUGGCUAACCGCGGCGCCAGCAUCCGCAUCCCCAGGAACGUGGGCCAUGAGAAGAAGGGCUACUUUGAGGACCGCCGGCCCUCCGCCAACUGUGAUCCUUACGCUGUGACAGAGGCUCUCGUCCGCACGUGUCUCCUCAACGAAACUGGAGACGAGCCUUUUGAGUACAAGAACUAAGGAGACUGCGCCCACAGACACCGCCUUCCCCCCCGCACUUCCCACCCCCCUAAACUUCCCUUCUAGAUGUAAUCCCGAGGGUACAAGAUAACACAUUUUGUGUCUCAGUAA